AUGCUUCACAUUUUAUUUUUAUUUACUCUUCUCUUCUCCUUAGCAUUUCAUUUUGUUGGACUCGGUGCCAGUCUGUUCAUUGCAGUGGUCAGUUACAAGAGUUGGAUGCAAAGCCAUAAGAUCUCUUCAUCUGACAGGAUCCUGUUCAGCUUGGCCAUCACCAGAUUUCUGAUGCUGGGACUGCUCCUAGUGGACAUUUUUUGCUUUUGCAUCUUUCCAACUUUUAUAAGGUCAGUCCAUGUCAACACUUUCUUAAUGUUGUGUUGGAUGUUUUUGGACUCUACUAGUCUCUGGUUCGUGACCUUGCUCAACACCUUGUACUGUGUGAAGAUUACUAGCUUCCAACACUCAGUGUUUCUCUUGCUGAAACGGAAUCUGUCCCCAAAGACCCCCAGGCUGCUGCUGGCCUGUGUGCUGAUCUCUUUCUUUACCACUCUCCUUUACUUUGUGCUCAGACUGACCUCACCCUUUGCUCCACAUGUGUCUGGGGAAAAUGGCACAAAGAUUGACACGAAUGGUGACACCUGGUCUUUUCUGACCUCUUUGGUCUUUAGCUCAUUCCUGCAGUUCAUCAUUAAUGUGACCUCUGUUUCCUUGCUCAUCAAUUCCUUGAGGAAACACAUCCAGAAGAUGCAGAGAAGUGCCACUGGAUUCUGGAACCCCCAGACAGAAGCUCACGUGGGUUCCAUGAAGCUGAUGAUCUAUUUCCUUGUCCUCUAUGUUCCAUACUCAGUUACAACCAUACUCAUUCAUCUCCCUUCCUCUGCUGGCAUGGGUUUGGGAUGGUUAGCCGUUUGUGUAAUUUUUUCUAGUCUUUACCCUACUGGUCAUUCUCUUCUCACUAUACUCACACAUCCUAAACUGAAAACAAAAGCAAGGAAGAUGAUUUGUUUCAACAAGUAG